CAGCUUUUGCCCGGCUCUAGAAAGGAACGACAUCUGUUUUUUUAGUUGUUAAUCAUUUAAUUUCACAUUUAAUCCUACGUGUCCCGCCCAUUAACUUGCAAUAUGGUCGACAACUUGGAGCCCCUGGAACCGAGCCUGCAGAAUCUCGUCGAGCAGGACUCGCUCAAAUGGAUCUUUGUCGGCGGCAAAGGUGGCGUGGGCAAGACAACCUGCAGCUCCAGUUUGGCCGUUCAGCUGGCUAAAGUACGUGAAUCGGUACUUAUUAUUUCCACAGAUCCGGCGCACAAUAUCUCUGAUGCGUUUGAUCAAAAGUUUACCAAGGUGCCCACAAAGGUCAAUGGCAUCGACAACCUAUUCGCAAUGGAAAUCGAUCCAAAUGCUGGCCUUAAUGAGCUGCCCGAUGAGUACUUUGAGGGCGACAACGAGGCGCUGCGUGUGAGCAAGGGCGUCAUGCAGGAGAUGAUCAAUGCCCUGCCCGGCAUCGAUGAGGCCAUGAGCUAUGCUGAGGUGAUGAAGCUGGUCAAGGGAAUGAACUUCUCGGUGGUAGUAUUUGAUACGGCGCCCACGGGGCACACGCUUCGCCUGAUCGCAUUCCCCCAGGUCGUGGAGAAGGGCCUGGGCAAGUUGCUGCGGCUCAAGAUGAAGGUGGCGCCGCUUCUCACACAAUUUGCCUCCAUGCUGGGCAUGGCCGAUGUAAACGCGGACACCCUCUCACAGAAGCUGGACGACAUGAUGGCCGUGAUCACCCAGGUUAACGAGCAGUUCAAGAAUCCGGACCAAACCACAUUUGUGUGCGUCUGCAUUGCCGAGUUCUUCUCCCUGUACGAGACGGAGCGCCUUGUGCAGGAGUUAACCAAGUGCGGCAUCGAUGUGCACAAUAUAAUUGUGAACCAGCUGCUGUUCCUGCAGAACUCGCACGAUUCGUGCAGCAUGUGUGCAUCCCGCUUUAAAAUCCAAGAGAAAUACCUGGACCAGAUCGCAGAUUUGUACGAGGACUUCCAUGUGACCAAGUUGCCGCUGCUGGAGAAAGAGGUGCGAGGUCCGGACAGCAUUCGAUCCUUCUCGGAGAACCUGAUGACACCAUACGAGCCCAAGGGAAAGCCCAAGGAGUAGCAUUGCUUAGCCUCAUCCGUUUGUAAGUUUCGUCCCCCCUAGAGCUCGAAAUAAAAUUGAGUUAGAGAAGCGGAUCCCUGAAUGGUUCCUCUGCUUCACCGUGUAAAAUGGA